AUGGCCUCCUGCCCAGACUCGGACAAUAGCUGGGUGCUUGCCGGCUCAGAGAACCUGCCUGUGGAGACCCUGGGCCCUGAAUCCAGGAUGGACCUAGAAUCUGAGAGAGCUCCCCAGGCCCCUUGGAGCCCCUCCAAGGCAGCUGCUGAGGAAUUAGCUGGGACCUUGGAUGGAGAAGAGACCCUGUUCCAGAGUGAGAGCUCCCAGGCCAGGCCCAUUCUGCCAGAGGAGACUGAGGCCAAGCUGUGUCUGCAUCAGGGUGUCCUGGAAGGUGAUGAUCGUGGAAUGGAGUCCCCUGGCUCAGGAGACACAGAGGUCCAGGGAGACUUGGAGGAGACCCCCGAGGCGGUGGGCCUGGGACUGGACACACAGGACCUGGAGGAUCAGAGUCCCCCCAACAGCCUGCUCUCAUCCCCCCAAACAGCUUGGAUCAGGGAGGAGGCCCACUGCUCCAGCAGUGAGGACGACACCGACAUGGACGUGGAGGGUCUGCGGAGACGGCGGGGCCGGGAGCCCAGCACUCCUCAGCCUGCGGCCCCCCUGGGUGUGGAGGACCAGGCCGGGGGUGAGGGUGCGGGCAGGGAGCUGGGCAUCUCCCUCAACAUGUGUCUCCUCGGGGCCCUGGUUCUGCUGGGCCUGGGGAUCCUCCUCUUCUCCGGUGGUCUCUCAGAGGCUGAAAGUGGGCCCAUGGAGGAAGCAGACCUGCAGGUCUUCCCAGAUACCGGCUCGGAUACUGAGAUGCUGGAGGCUGAGGGGGACGGGCAGGAUGGGCUAAAGCAGCAGCUGCAGACCUCAGCGCCCCCUGACAGUGUUCCCAGCCUGCAGAACAUGGCCCUUCUGCUGGACAAGCUGGCCAAGGAGAACCAGGAUAUCCGGCUGCUGCAGGCCCAGCUGCAGGCCCAGAAGGAAGAGCUUCAGAGCCUGAUCCAUCAGCCCAAAGGGCUGGAAGAGGAGAAUGCCCGGCUCCGAGGGGCCCUACAGCAGGGCGAGGCCUCCCAGCGGGCCCUGGAGUUAGAGCUGCAGCAGCUGCGGGCCCAGCUCCAGGGCCUGGAGGCUGACUGUGACCGGGGCACAGAUGGGGUGUGUCGCUAUGGGGGCAGAGGCCUGCGGGCUGGCAAGGUCACCAAGGAGCAAGGCCCAAGGGGGCAGGUGCCAAGCCCUGGCUUCCUGGAGCAGAAGAAACAGCUAGAGGCUGAGGCCCAGUCAUUAAGGCAAGAGUUGGAGAGGCAGCGGCAGCUGCUGGGGUCUGUGCAGCGGGACCUGGAGCAGAGCUUGAGGGAUGUGGGCCGAGGGUACCCAGCCCAUGCUGGCCUGGCUGAGGUGGGUCACAGGUUGGCCCAGAAGCUGCAGGGCAUGGAGAACUGGGGCCAGCGCCCUGGGGUCCCUGCCAAUGCCUCAGAGGCCUGGCAUCAGGAGCCUCACUUCCAGAGUUCCAGGGAGUGGAGCGGAAAGGAAAAGUGGUGGGAUGGGCAGAGGGACCGGAAGACUGACCACUGGAAACAUAAGAAGGAGGAAUCUGGCCGGGAAAAGAAGAGCUGGGGGGGUGAGGAGGACAGGGAGCUGGCGGGGAGGUGGGAGGAGGGCAAGCCAUGGGUGGAGGAGUGGGCCAGCAAGAAGGACGGCAAACAACAGCGUUCUAAGGAGGCCCCCAGGAAAAGUGGGAGCCCCCACUCCUCAAGAGAAAGGCAGAAACACCCUCAGUGGAAGGAGGGGGCUAAAGACAGGCAUGACCCCCUGCCACUCUGGGCAGAGCUGUUGAGGCACAAGUACCAGGCACCCCAGGGCUGCUCGGGUGUGCACGAGUGUGCCCGUCAGGAGGGCCUGGCCUUUGGCAUAGAGCUGGCCCCUGUGCGGCAACAGGAGCUGGCCUCUCUGCUGAGGACGUACCUGGCGCGGCUGCCCUGGGCCAGGCAACUGACCGAGGAGCUACCCCUUUCUCCUGCUUACUUUGGUGAGGAUGGUAUCUUCCGCCACGACCGCCUCCGCUUCCGGGACUUUGUAGAUGCCUUGGAGGACAGCCUGGAGGAGGUGGCAGUGAGACAGACAGGUGAUGAUGAUGAGGUGGAUGACUUUGAGGACUUCAUCUUCAGCCACUUCUUUGGAGACAAAGCACUGAAGAAGAGGUCUGGGAAGGAGAAACACUGGCGGAACCCCAGAGUUGUGGGGCCCAGGGAGGAACACAGCCACCAGCGCCAGGGCUGA